AUGGAAAACAAGAAGCGCCGGCUGAUGAGAGACAAUGAAGGUCAACACCGUUACAAAAGGGUAGCUAGGCCAAGUUUGGAUGGUAGCACCUCCGUAGCAGCACCGGGUAGCGCGAGCGUAUCCUGUCCGGGCGCCCUGAGUGAACUCAGCGAUCAAGUAGUUUCAAGAUUGCGUAGGAGUGUUGUGUCGCUUGCUUCCUUCGAUGGUGAUACCAAGUUACGCGAAUGCACAGGCAUAUGCAUUGAAACCUCAUGUUCUGAUUCUGAAGCUACAAUCCUGACAGCGAGACGGUUGAUUCCACAUACUCGGCCAGCUGCAAGUUUGACGAUUAAAGUGCGCCUUCCAAAUGAUCGGAUUGUUACUGGACGGAUAGAGGAUUGUAGGAUAGAUGCUGAUUUUUUCAUUGUCAACAUCAAGAACUUGUCUGGAGUUGGUGCCGCAAGUCUUGAUCAUGGCAUGCAGUUUGAGCCUCAUACGAAGGUAGCAGCUGUAUGGCGCUGUUUCAGUUCAGGAAUUUUAAUGGCUACAAGCGGACUAAAUCUUGCCCCUCCAAGCCCUCUAACCGCUGAGACAAUCCUAAGCACGUGCCGGAUCCACAAGGCGGGGAUUGGAGGCCCCCUUGUUGAUUUUAAUGGGAACUUUGUUGGGAUGAACUCUCAUACCAAAAUGGAAAAGACUACCUACUUGCGAAGGGAACGAAUUCUUCGAUCCUUGGCGCGUCACGGGUUGGCCAGUGUUAGAGUUAAGGAAGGGGUUGAUGAUGCUGCAAGGGCAAGAAUGAACAGUGAGAUGAAAGCAAUUAGGCCAAGUUUGAGUGCUAAGUCCGUAGCGAGAUUGAGUAAAUCCAGAAAAGGCGCCUUGAGUAAGGAAGUACUUUCCAGAUUAAGCAUGAGUGUUGUGGCGCUAGCCUCAUUCGAUGGUAAUACCAAGUUAUGCGAAUGCACAGGAAUAUGCAUUGAGAGCUCAUGUUCUGAUGCUACGUAUUUACUAACAUCGAUAAAUUUGAUUCCCUAUACUUGGCCUAGAAGGACAAUCACUGAAAGAUUGAGGAUUGAAGUACGCCUUCCGAAUAAUAAGACUGUCACUGGGUGGAUAGAGGAUCCUGAGAGAUAUAUUGACUUUUUCAUCGUCAAAAUCAACAACGUUUCUGCCGCCCAUCUAAGCCAUCUAAGUAUUGAUCGUGUCAUGCAGUUUGAGCCUUAUAGGAAGGUAGCAGCUAUAUGGCGCUACUUUGAUUCGGGAAAAUUAAAGACCACAGGCGGAGUAGAUCUUGCCUCUGUAUGUGCUCAUACCGAUGAGAAAAUGCUAAGCACAUGCCAAAUCCACGAGGUGGGGAUUGGAGGUCCCCUAGUUGAUUUUGAUGGCAACUUUGUUGGGAUGAACUGCUCUGGUACAGAACAAAGAAAGACCCCCUACGUACGAAGGCCUUCAAUUCGUACAUUCAUGUGGUUUCGCGGGAUGGUCAGUGUUGAGGAAGAUGUUGAGGAUGCUGUAAGAGAAAGAAUUAAAAGUCGUUAUGGAGAAUCAUGUUUCCUCAUGCCAGGACGAGGGCAAUACAUUAAUCGUCUCGAUGCUACAUUCAGGAAGGAUAUCCUGAGGAAACCAUUCAAAUGUGCUGGUUUAGAAAUGGCUCGAAGUGCCUACUCACUUGCUUCAGAAUCAAGCAAAUGUCUCGCUUCAGAAAUGAAUCAAAGUGUUGUCUCACUUGCUUCAUUCAAUGGAUUUGCAAAAAAGUUUUCUUGCACAGGUAUAUUUAUAAAGGAGAAAGCAUGCUCUGCAACAAUUCUGACUUCAGCAAGUUUGGUUAGAGUUCUUGGCAGUGCACACAUGAUUGAUGAUAACUUGAGGAUUGAAGUUUGCCUUCCAGAUGGAUUUCGAGUCGUAGGGAUAUUGAAGUGUUAUAAUUUACACUACAAUGUUGCUCUUGUUGAGAUCAUGGGAUUCUGGCGUCCUCGGACAAUAAAAAUCAGUGGUGAUCCAGUUACCUCGUCCAUGGACGUAAUAUCUGUGGGUAGUCUUUUUGCGCAUCGCAGACUAAUGGCUGUCGAGGGCAAGGUGCUGAUUGACAAACAAAGCGAACUUGAUUGCCAAGAACUCUGCGUCUCCACCUGUAAAAUCACCAAGGCUGGAAUUGGGGGGCCUCUUAUUGACACUGAUGGAAAUUUUGUUGGAAUUAACUUUUAUGAUGAGGAAGAAACUCCAUUCUUGCCGAGGGAUGUUAUUCGCCGCCUCUUAAAUAACAAAUGGAGUAGCGCAGAUGAUAGUAUUGUUGAGGGUGUUGAAAACAGAUGGUUGUUGCCUGGCUGGACACACAGAAAUGCUGAUACUAUUGCAGCGGUUGACGGAAACAAAUGGCCGUUGCCUGAGCCACGUCGUCUCUUUUGUGAUGAACUCGUGCCCGACCGUUCGCAUCUUCGCAAACGGCAUUUACCUCAACCCAGGCGGCAUUGCUGUUAA